AUGAGCGCGACGGAAAUCAUGGAGAAGAUCGCCGUCAUCGAGCUGGAGAUCUCGCGGACGCAGAAGAAUAAGGCCACGGCGACGCACCUGGGGUCGCUUCGAUCGAAGAUUGCGAAAUUACAGCGAGAGUUGAUCGAGUCGAGCGCGUCGAAGGGUGGACCCAAAGGCGAGGGCUUCGACGUCACGAAGACGGGCGAUUGUCGCGUCGGGUUGGUUGGAUUUCCGUCGGUCGGGAAGUCGACGCUGUUGACGAAGCUCACCGGGGUGUUUUCGGAGGCGGCGGCGUACGAGUUCACGACGCUGACGUGCGUUCCGGGUGUGAUUAAAUACAGAGGCGCGCGCAUUCAGCUUCUGGAUCUCCCGGGGAUCAUCGAGGGUGCGAAAGAUAACAAGGGUCGCGGUAGACAAGUGAUCUCGACGGCGCGCACGUGCGAUGUGAUCAUCAUCGUCCUCGACGCGCUCAAGCCGUUUACGCACCGCAAGUUGAUCGAACACGAAUUGGAGGGCGUAGGGAUUCGUCUCAACAAGAAGCCGCCGGCGAUCGUGUUCAACAAGAAGGAAAAAGGUGGCAUCGCGUUCUCGCCCAAUCCCAACGGGCCGACGACCUUCUUGGAUGAAGAGACUGUGAAGGCGAUUCUCGCGGAAUACAAGAUUCACAACGCUGACGUCAAGCUCUUCGACGAUUGCACCGACGAGGAUCUCAUCGACGUCAUCGAAGGGAACCGCAUCUAUACUCCCGCCGUGUACGCGGUGAACAAAAUGGACUCCGUGUCGCUCGAAGAGCUCCAGCUCAUGGAUGAUAUGAAGCACUACGUCAUGACGUCGUCCGAAAAGGAGUGGAACUUGGACGGAUUGUUGGAGAAGGUUUGGGAGUAUCUCGAUUUGAUUCGCGUGUACACCAUGCCUCGGGGCACUACGCCGAACUUUGACGAACCGAUCAUCUUGCACAAAAAAGCGUGCACCGUGGAGGACUUCUGUAACAAGCUCCACAAGACGAUCAUCCGCACGUUUAAGCACGCGUUGAUUUGGGGCACGAGUUCAAAGCACCGACCCCAGCGCGUGGGUAAGGAUCACGUUCUCGAGGACGAAGACGUGGUCCAAAUCCAAAAGGCGCACGGCACAUAG